CUCACAGACGCGGGCGAGAAGCCGUCCCAGUCCUGUUCCACGGAAUCGGACGACGACAAGAACAAGAAGAAGCGGCAGCGGCGCCAAAGGACGCACUUCACGUCGCAGCAACUGCAGGAGCUCGAGGCCACCUUCGCCAGGAACAGAUACCCUGACCUCAGCACUAGGGAGGAAAUUUCUCUUUGGCUCAACCUCAAGGAGGCCCAAGUCAGGAUCUGGUUCAAGAACCGCCGCGCCAAGUGGCGGAAGCGCGAGCGCAGCGCCAUGGCGUCGGCGAUGCCCGGCGACCUGAAGGGCGGCUGGGGCGCGCAGCUCAACGGCUUCGCGUGGCCCGACGACGGCCUCUACUCGGGCUACUCCUACAACAACUGGGCGCGCGUCACGCCGCCGCCCCUCAGCACCAAGAGCUUCGCGUGGGGCUUCAACAGCGUCAACAUGAGCCCCCUGAUGAGCCAGCAGCCGUCGGCCAUGUCGCCCAUCAACUGCUUCCAGACGCCCACGCAGGGCAUGGGCGGCUCCACCUCGGCGGCGGCCGCGGCUGGCAUCAUGCAGACGUCGAUGGCGUCCAGCCUCGGCUCCACCAGCGCCGCCGCCCGCCCUGCCCUACCCCGCCCCACGCCCCCGUACGUGUACCGCGACCAGACCUCCAACAUGUCCACCUCCUCGCCUCCCUCCCGCCUCAAGGCCAAGUCCCACUCCCCGGGGGGUUCUCCUACCCCCCGUGUCCCCGCCAGAACUCCCUCUCGGCCUGCCAGUACUCCAUGGGCGAUCGCUCCACGGUGUAAGCGGCGGCGGCGGCGGCGGCGGCCGACCUGAAGGACCCGUUCGGUCGCGGCGCUGACGAGCCCCUUGCCGCGGGGCAGCGUGCAAGCGUGCGACGACGUGUAGCGCUGCCGCCUGCACCGAGCACCUUGGCCUUCAGCGCUGUCUGAACCGCCGGCCCAACCCCGAGGACUUUGUUUUCUGAGGGGAAUGGAGGGGCAUUCUUACCAUCAUCAUCAGCCCUGGGUGAGUGGCAUUCGAUCGGGCACCAGCAAGCGCACUCGUCCUACAAGUCCCACUUACACAAAGGAAAAGGAAAUACGUGAUUUCCCAAUGCCCUUGCUGCUUUUAAAAAGUUUUACACGCGCGGGAAGAGAAAGGAGGAAGAAGGUCGUUAUUUACCUUCGCCGGGGAAGUCGGGCAGGUUUCAUAUGACGACAAGAAAGCUUCGGCCGAUCAGAAUAUAUCUUUCUUCUUCCUUGCUGGCGCGGGGAUUCCGCAGGACCUGAUUCGCGAGCGAGGGCUUCGCUCAGAACGAGACGAGGCUUCGAAAACGGCCUCCUCAUCCUGCUCGCUUUAGAUGCCGCAGAUACCCGACGAAGGAUAAUCUGGGCCAUAGGAUAUGAGGGAGGUUCUAGGCCGCAAGACACAAAGGAAUUCUAGGCCACAGAACAGGAAAGAAGAUUACACUUCAUAGGACGUCCAUACGACAUCUCCCCCUCCCCCCCCCCUCACCCGCGAGUCGAGGAGAGACACCGAAGCAUUCGAAGAGGAAGACGAAGCAUCUCGUGAGCGAUCGCAGUGGUUAUUUGUAACCGCUGUAAACUCCGCGAGUGGAAUUACCCGGAAGUGAUGUCCGCGCGAGGAAGACAAGACGACGAUUUCACGAUGAGGAAUAGGAGAAACCCCGAAUGAAGUGGAAUGGAAGUGUUCAUAUGGCGUAAAAGUGAUGGUUUUGUGUGCAUGCGAAGGAAAGGGAGAUCGACGAACAAGAAAACAAGUUUGCUUCUUCCUUUUUCUCUCAAGGCAUUGGUAAAAGAGACGAUUUUUUUUUUAUAUAUAUGGAAAGUUGUGGACAUAAGGAACAAUGAAAGGAAGUGAGCGUGUGUAUAACAAAGACAAAUACUUACAGUUACUCACAGCCAGUGCGACACUAUAUAGAAAAUAUAGUCAAAAGAAAAACAUAUAUGACAUGUAUGAAUUCUUAGACUACA